CCGCCAAACCGUAGAGACUAUACCUCGCGCGACUCGCGAACUUAAGCGUGCGUCCGUUCAAGCUUAGCUAAUAUUUUAAACAAAAAACAAAUCCUCAUCUGUCCGCAGGCGAUUGCUCGUUACUUUUUAUGCCGUCACGUAUCCGCCUCUCUUGCUCGGAUCGAAGCCUAUGCCGUUGUAAUUAUACUCGGGCGGAUUAAACGAGGGUAUCGUUAGCCAGUUGUGCUUAAAAUAGAACGAAAACAAAAACACCGUUCGUUGUGGCGAGAAGAAAAAGGAAAAAAUAACAUCGAAAUCCAAAGUACAGUGUGCAUUUGAAAGUCAGUAGCAGUUGUUAUAUUUUGUAGCAAAUUUAUUUAGUGAUUAACCAAAUUCUCCACGGUGGAAGUGUCGUCAGUGAGUUGUGAAAUCAAAAUCAGCCAGUGAAUAAAGUUGUUACUGAAACCCGAAAUCGAAAAUCAUCAAUUGCAGUCAGGCACUACCAGAAGCAAAAAAUUAAUUCGAAAUGCGUAGUGUUCGCAGCAGCCUUACCAUUGGACGACUGGCAAUCUAUCCGCGGAAUUCUAACAUACGUGCAGGUUUACUCUGUCUGGUAGCCUCACACCAGCACAAUCAUCAGCACUGCGCUUUCUCAGAUCACACUCAUUGCUGCAGCCAAAUCAGAGCAGAGACCCAUUCAAAGGGACACAAUCAGCUGCGAAGGUUCCAUGUUUCAUCCACAUGUGCAAAAUCUUCCAAGGAUGACUCAAACACGCCUGGGUCCGGUUCGGGUGGUUCAUCAGCGUCUAGCUCCGGUGGCGGCAAGGAUGGCAAUGGUAAGGAACCUCCAAAUAAAAAGAAUGUUCUUUCCUGUCCAAAGUGUGGUGAUCCCUGCACUCAUGUCGAAACUUUCGUUAGCUCCACGAGGUUCGUGAAGUGCGAAAAAUGUCAUCACUUUUUUGUGGUGCUAAGUGAAGUGGAUUCGAAGAAGACCAUGAAAGACACGGAAACCAAAGGGCAACGAAAGCCUCCUCCACCGCCGAAAAAGAUCAUGGAAUAUCUCGAUCGACACGUCGUUGGUCAAGAGCUUGCCAAGAAAGUCCUCUCCGUGGCCGUGUACAACCAUUACAAACGGAUCUAUCACAAUCUGCCGCCCCCGGCGAGCAGUGGCGGACAGUCUGGUGCGCAGCAAAUAGAUGCCAUGUCCCGCAGUGGUGACCUGCUUCACAUCUCCGGCAUCGGUCACACCAUGAUGAGUUCGGCUCCCUCAGAAGUACCUCGUCCGCCUAUGGCUUCAUCAAACGCAUCGCAAGCACACCACCCGGGUUCAGAGCUGCUUGACAAGAAAACCCACGAGCUCAGACUGGAGAAAAGCAACAUUCUAAUGCUAGGCCCGACCGGUUCGGGUAAAACACUUCUAGCGCAAACUAUUGCCAAGUGUUUGGACGUCCCGUUUGCCAUUUGUGAUUGCACCACGCUGACACAAGCUGGCUACGUUGGAGAGGACAUCGAAAGUGUGAUCGCCAAACUGCUUCAGGAUGCCAAUUACAGUGUGGAACGAGCACAGACCGGAAUCGUAUUUCUGGAUGAAGUCGAUAAGAUUGGUGCCGUUCCCGGGAUUCACCAGCUCCGCGAUGUUGGUGGUGAGGGUGUUCAACAAGGCAUGCUAAAAAUGCUGGAAGGUACAAUCGUGAAUGUGCCCGAACGGAAUUCGCCACGGAAGUUAAGAGGCGAAACUGUUCAGGUGGAUACGACUAAUAUUUUGUUCGUGGCUUCCGGUGCGUACACGGGACUGGACCGGUUGAUUGCCAGGCGACUGAAUGAGAAGUAUUUGGGUUUUGGCAUGCCAGCCAGCUCAUCCGAAGGACGCCGUGCAGCUCAAGCUUCGGCCGCACCAAUGGACAACGACCAAGUCGAACGUGAUGCCAAUCUGAGAAAAGUUCAAGCGAAGGAUUUGGUGGAAUUCGGAAUGAUUCCUGAAUUUGUUGGUCGUUUCCCGGUGCUCGUGCCGUUCCACAGCCUGGAUGUGGAAAUGUUGGUGCGCAUCCUGACAGAACCUCGCAACGCCCUGGUGCCGCAGUACAAAGCGCUUCUCGGUAUGGAUCAAGUUGAGCUUACCUUUGCUGAGGAGGCCUUGAAGCAGAUCGCACAGCUGGCAAUGGAAAGACAAACCGGAGCUCGUGGUCUGAGGGCCAUUAUGGAAACGCUCCUGCUCGAACCGAUGUUCGAAGUGCCCGGAUCAGAUGUGAAAACCGUUCACAUUACGGAGGACUGCGUGCGAGGUCAAACCGAACCGGUCUACGUUCGCCGAAAUCAGUCCAACUCAGCCAGCAGUGGACCAGAUGCGCCUAACAGUAACAAUACGUCCCAGGCUUCGGACGAGGAAGAGAACACCAAACUUCGCGUCAAGCAGUAAGAGGGCCGCCAUCUGUGAUAGACCACGACUACACGUUCCGGUAGGAAACUUUUAAUUUCUAUAAAUACAAACAUUACGUGAUGGUCGUUGAUGUUGUUACAAUCAUUGCGAUAUGUGCGAUCGUGGGAUAAGAAAAAAUUAAAAAAAUGUAGUGCAAAAUGUGUAAAUAGAUUAAAGAACUUAAUUCAAACCUGUGCAGGUUUGAAAGUUAGUAAAAAAAAUAUAAAAAGAUAGCGACUUUAACAAUGAAUUUUCAGCGUUGCAUGGACGAUUGCAAAAUAAAAAGCGAAAUCAUUAACGGCAAACCGUUACUAAGUGGUGUUAGGUUCCUUUUUUGAGAGAGUAAGAGUGCGGAACGGAAUUUUAUCCUUUUCUCUAUCAUCUGUGUUCUUGGCGAACAACGAAUUGUGAUGUUUAUUUGGUUAUACCAAUGUUCCUUUGAUUGGUUUUAAUGUAUCUAACCCGUUCAAACCCCGAUCGCUGAGGACUUUUGCCACAUUUGGAAUUAUAAACCCCCUACCUACUUUUUGCUUGCUUAGUUCGUAGAUCAGUAAAAUAAAUGAAUGAAUGGACUUCUAGUGGGAGCCAGCGUGUAUAUAAUUUAACUCUGAUAAGUGGUAGUUUAUAUGAAGUUUUAUUGCAUUAACGACAAAGAGAAUGAAACGGAAAAAAAUAUACAUAGGCUAGUGGUAGAUAAAUCAAUUCUCUCGUGAAAAGUGAAUAUAUUCGAAUUGUUUCGAAAUACAAA